UUCGCUUUCUUUUCUCAAGUAGUUUCUCUGUUGUGGGGAUUGUUAUUUCAAACUGGUUCUUCCCGAGUGAUGACAUAUCUCGCAGCGUGACAAAAGAUGGAAGCUUUCAGCCUUAUCUCACUUUCGAUGGCUCGGAAUAGUUUGUUACACAUUCGUAUUCGUGAAUGAGGCUCUAAGCUGACUCGCCGGCGGCAUGAACCAACUCAGAUUCGGCGGAAAUCAUUUCCGAAUCGCCGAUCUCUUAUUAGAAAUUGUCUGAAAUCAUUGCGCAUGUAACUCGCAGAGGGAGAUCGAUCUUGCCUUGCCGGCGAUUUCUCUUCAUGUCCGUAAUUGUAGCAGCAACGGCUUUUGUAUCCGGUUCAUUGUGGAGUACUCAGACAAUAAAUUAAGGAAUUUUUUUGCUCAAAUAUAUGAUUAAUGGUUGUAAAAGGAAUCUGCUUUUGUAUAUGCACAUGAAUAUUGGCUUAUUGUUAGCACUGACCGAGUAUGGUGAUUCACCUCUUUAUUUACAUGCAUCAUCAUCAUUUCAGACAAGAAUCUCUAUCAAGUGAACUCUUAAGAAUGCCGAUGCUUCUUAAGAGUUUAUUAACGAGUACAAGAACAAAGCGAAACUAGCCAAACUAACACUGAGCCACGUGCACCUACUACUACUACCCUCCACACUAUCCGCCACCUCAGCAAAACCUUUACUCUUGAACAACAAACCGGCUGUAGCAGGUUAAAGGCACGCAAAGCAAGAUGAGGAAGCGCGCGACACGCACCGGUUCAGCCGGUCCGCAUAGCGCUCAGUCGAAAAGACGACAUACACGACCGUCCAUUAAUCUUGAUCUAACGGUCCAUAUUAGUUUAUUCGACUAAAAGAUGAAGAAGCAAGCGAGCUCGUCAAUGGCGGACUUUGGGUAAAUUCUUUUACAAUAUAAAAAGGACCCAGUCAAAAUCAAAGAGACUAGAUACUGAAAAGUUAGUGAAGGAAGAGUAAAAGCUUGAUCGACGAAGAAGAAUAAUUCGUGACCAUAAGCUGUUUUCUGCGUCAUAUAUGGUUCUCUUGCUGUGAAGACUUGGAUUAGGGAUUUCGUAUUUUGAAUACUGGGAAGAAGAUGGAGGAGAUGCGAAGAGGCGUGCCUACGUGGCAGGAGGAGUUAGCGAGUCUCAUGGACGGUGGUUUACAAUACGACGACGGAUCCCCGAUCGAUCUGACGGCGGGUGCUGAAUCAAGGUCAAAGAGCUCGGGUUUCGGGUCGGUUGAUGGAUCCGGGACUGGAUCCGAAUCUGUGGAGAGUCUGAAGGAUCAAGUGACGGGGUUUAUCAAGUCAUGGGGAGAAAUGCUUCUGGAUCUCGCAAUCGGAUGCAAGGACGUGUUGCAGCAGACUCUGGUGAGUCAAGACUCGGUCGUCGUGCGUAAGCUCCGAGAACCAGCUGCCAAGGUUUCGAAGAAGCUGAGCUUCCUUAACGAGUACUUGCCUGAGGAUCGUGAUCCGGCACAUGCCUGGCCUGUCAUUGUCUUCGUCUUCCUCCUUGCUCUCGCAGGUAUACCUGGAGUGAAAGAAUCAUUGCUCAAGGACUAUGGUGUCCGUCUAGUGUCAUAUGAUCUACCAGGGUUUGGAGAGAGUGAUCCUCUUCGUGCCCGGAACCUUAGCUCAUCUGCCUCGGAUAUGGUUGACUUAGCUGCUGCACUUGGGAUUGCUGACAAGUUCUGGUUACUCGGCUAUUCCAGUGCUAGUAUGCAUGCCUGGGCUGCAAUCAGAUACUUUCCUGACAGAAUUGCUGGAGUUGCCAUGGUAUCUCCGAUGAUCAAUCCAUAUGAACCAAGCAUGAGCAAGGAGGAGAUGGCGAAAACAUGGGAGGAAUGGCUACGAAAGAGGAAAUUCAUGUACUUUUUAGCGCGUCGGUGGCCAAGUCUUCUUCCUUUCUUCUACCGUAGGUCCUUUCUCUCCGGUAAUAUUAAGCCGCUGGAUCAGUGGAUGUCAAUAUCAUUAGGAGAAAAGGACCAACAUGUAAUCACAGAUCCAGUUUAUGAAGACUUUUACCAAAGGAACGUGGAAGAGUCCGUACGCCAAGGAACCGCAAAACCAUUUGUCGAAGAAGCCGUGUUGCACGUAUCUAAUUGGGGAUUUAGUCUUGCUGAGUUCCGCAUGCAGAAGAAGUGUAAAACCAACGGCGUCCUUUCUUGGCUUAUGUCAAUGUACAGCGAAUCAGAAUGUGAACUUAUCGGGUUUCGAAAACCCAUACACAUAUGGCAGGGUAUGGAGGACCGAGUCGCACCACCUUCAAUGACCGAUUACAUAAGCCGGGUCAUACCAGAAGCGACGGUACAUAGACUCCCGAACGAAGGCCACUUCUCAUACUUCUUUUUCUGCGAUGAGUGCCACCAGCAGAUCUUCUCUGCUCUAUUUGGAGAACCGCAGGGUCCGAAAGAGUUUAAGGAACAAAGAACAGAAAACCAUAAACCGGAUCAACCUGAGACCGGUUUAUCCAACAGUAGCACUACCAAAGAGUAAGUAAACAGAGGUUAUAGGAGAACUAUAGAAACAAGUUGUUCCUCGUCUUGGUUACAUCAUAAAGAACUGUGUAUAUAACACACACCAAGAGGAUGCUUUCUUUCUUUCUUUUUCGGUUGAAAGUUUCAGAUUUGAUAUAUAGAUUUAAAGAGAGGCAAAAGGCCUUUCAUCCUUUUUUAAAGAAGUAAACUCCCUUUUGAGUUCACCUCAGAACAUGCUUAUCUUUUGUAAUCAAAAGGAUUCUACUCACACAUCAAAAUCAGCAAUGGUCAAGCAUUGGCCUCUGAUGAUGUAUUAUCCUUCUUGUUUGAAAUCUCAAAACUUUCUUGCAAAUGCUACUUCAUGUUAUAGUCGUCUGUAUUGCCCCUCUUCUGUGGAAAAAAAUCAGGAAUCCAAGACAAAUGAAAAACAAAAUCGAACUAGACUCACUUCCAGUUACUGCAUUUGGUUCCUACAUUCCUCAGGUUAACAACUUAAGAACUCUCGCCCACAUUACAUUGAUCUAGCUAAGAAAAAUACAUCAAUUUCUUCUUCUUGAUCCAGACCAAUAACUUGAAACCACAUGGCUUUGUUGAUUGGGAUCACUCAAUCUGACCAAAAGGUUUCAAAACGCAGAACUAGAGAUCUUGGUUUUGCCAAGCAUCAUGUCUUUGGCUUCGUUGAUCUUAGAGGCAAGGUAAUGGCUUCCUCCUGCGUCUGGAUGAUUUGCCACCAUCACUCUCAGAUGAGCUUCCUUCACCUUCUCUGCCGCUACACUCUCCCUGUCACCACAAAGAAUCAUAGCGGCUUCUCUCCGAGUCAUGGUAGCUUGGAAACCACCUUCGUAGAACUUGCGCAGCCUAGGCCUUGGAGGUCUUGCCUUGAACGCUUGCCAUGCCUCUAUUCCGUAUUUACCAGCAUAAGCUGCAGCAGCAACAGCAGCACCUUUUUCCUGGAGAUUUUGAGUAGGACAAGAAACGGGAUCUGAUGAGAUAAGAAAACAACUCUUCAGAGUUUGGAAUUUCUCGAUCGAAUUCGAGGAUUAGGGUAAAACCCUAAUAAGUUUUGUUCUAGAUAACCUUUGAACUCUUUAAGUGGGUUCUAGAUAAGUUUUGUUCUCUCAAGUUUGCAGUUUAUGCUUUGGUUCGGUUUUCGGACUUUUUUGUCAUAAAU